AUGAUGAACGGAAUGAAACACGAUUUAGUAGGCUCAGCAUCAGCAGCCGCUGCAGCAGCAGCUGCAUAUCAAAGUCCAUUACUCUAUGGUCCAACACCAUCAUGGAUGGGUACAGAGAAUUUUCCAGAAAUGAACAGUUUUGGUCUUUAUCAUCCACAUCCCUAUCCAACAAGUUAUGAUCGACACCAUCAUCAUCACCAUUCAGCAUCUACAUAUUCUUCAUUAGCUGCAGCAGCAGCCUAUCGCAGUUCCAUGUCUCCAUUGAAUCAUGAGUUUAAAACUGAAAAAACCGAACCAUACAUACCAAAUUCCAAUUCAUUACAUCAUAGCCCUGUUCAUUGUGUACCAUCGACAUCAUCACUAAUUCCAACAAAACCUCCAAUGAACUGUCUUAAUGAAGAAAAGCCUUCUUCAACAACAAUAAUAACGUCGUCUUCAUCAUCAUCGUCAUCAUCAUCAUCAUCGAAACUUGUAGAUCAUGAUGAACAACAAUCAUCAGUGCGUAUUUCACCAACACAACUAAACAAUAAUCAAAAGAAAAAGUCGAACAAUUCCAAUGAGAUUUCAAAUGGUGGAAAAAAACGUAAACGAAGAAUACUUUUUACUAAACAACAAAUAGCUACACUUGAACAACGUUUUAAUUCUCAACAUUAUCUAUCAGCACCUGAACGAGAAUUAUUAGCUAAACAUAUUGGUUUAACAGCUAAUCAAUGUAAAAUAUGGUUUCAAAAUCAUCGUUAUAAACUUAAACGUGCUAAACAAGAAAAUUCUUCGAAAUCGGCUUCCUCCUAUACAGAUCUCUGUUUUGAUCCUAAUAAUUCUCCACCUCCUCAAACUCAACAACCUAUUCGUCGUGUACCUGUACCAUUACUUGUUCAAGAUGGUAAAUCGCUCUAUGGUCCGCCAGCAUCAUCAUCGUCUCCAACAUCUUCGCCGUACGGUUCAAGUCUAAACGAUUCUGGUCUAUCUGGAUCCGUAUCCGCUACAAAUCCAUCAUCAACAUUUGAUCCAUUAGCAUACAAUGUUUAUAUGUCAUCCAUUGGUUAUCAUCCUCACCAUCAUCAAUAUCCAACAUCGAAUACACAAUUUCAUAAUUCUUAUGAGAGUUGUUUGAGACAACAGCAACAAGCGCCAAAUUCAGCAUGGCCAACAAGUGUUUGGCCAUAA